AUGGCGGCCUUUGUUGCAGAAGCUGAUAAGCUUACCUAUAUUCCAGGUGUCCCAUUUCCCGAGUAUUAUGAGGCGCUUCUGAACUGGAAGACUCCCGUGGUGAUCGGAGCAGUGUAUGCCACCACAGUGCACAUGUUGAAUCCUUCCGCUACCACUGCCAAGUUAUCGCGGGUCGAGGCCAAGAACCGUGGCGAGCACAACAAGGCGACUAAAUCUAACAACAAGCUGAUGACUCUGUUUGUCUUCCUUCACAACACGGCUCUCGCUCUGUAUUCCGGUAUCACGUUCUAUAACAUGGUCAUCAGUAUGCACAAACUGUUCAACCGUGGCAAUUCCAUUCACGAUGCUUAUUGUGAUAAGGAUGGAUUUUUGUGGAACGAUUCGCUGGGUUAUUGGGGUUAUCUCUUUUAUCUUUCAAAGUUCUACGAAGUCAUUGAUACUGCCAUCAUUCUUCUCAAGGGUCGCCGUUCUUCCUUGUUGCAAACCUAUCAUCAUGCCGGCGCCAUGAUCACCAUGUGGGCCGGUAUCCGUUUCCGAUCUCCUCCCAUCUGGAUCUUUGUUGUUUUCAACUCGUUGAUCCACUCCAUUAUGUACACCUACUAUGCCAUGACCUCCAUCGGUCUUCAUCCCCCGGGAAAGCGUUAUUUGACUUCCAUGCAAAUUAGCCAGUUCCUUGUCGGCAUGUCUUGCGCCCUCAGCUACCUGUUCCUGCCCAACUGUCUUGCCACCCCCGGUCAAAAAUUUGCCGUCAUUCUCAACGUCUUGUACUUGCUUCCUUUGACCUAUCUUUUCGUUGAUUUUGCCCGCAAGACUUACGGCAAACGUGUGGCUGCCGCGGCCGCUUCGGUUGCCAAGAAAGCCCAGUAA